AUUGCAUAUAUACUACCUACCGCGCGGGCUGAAGGCUCGCUACACCAUCGAACGAGGCGCACGCACACGAACUCGGCCACCUUGGCCGCUCUCGCCGCAAACAAAAGCCACGCCCUGCUAGCAAGCUGAGACAGCUUCUUCUUCUUCUUCUUCUUCUUCUUCUUCUUCUUCUUCCAUCAUGGCGUCAUCUCGCCCGACUACAGUGCCGCCUGGUGCGCAUAUGACGACCACGACUUUACGAGUAGAAGGAAUGACUUGCGGCGCUUGCACAUCGUCUGUAGAGUCGGGCUUGAAAGAUGUGGAGGGCGUGGGAAGCGUAUCCGUCAGCUUGGUUAUGGAGAGGGCUGUAGUCACGCACGACGCAGACAAGAUUGGCGCGGAGCAGAUCCGGGACAUGAUCGAUGAUCGAGGGUUCGAUGCGACUGUCAUCAGCAGUGACCGUCCCGAAACACCACUGUUUGACAUUUCUGACGAAGAAGACGUGGAGGACGACGACGACAGAGAAGAAGAAGAGGCGGACUUACUGGGCGGUGGGAUAUAUGCGACUACGCUACAUGUAGGAGGCAUGACAUGCGGAGCCUGUACUUCCGCUGUGGAGGGCGCCUUCAAGGGCGUUCCGGGCAUUAAAAGCUUCAGCAUAUCGCUUCUUUCUGAGCGUGCUGUGAUUGAACACGAUCCAAACAUCAUGAGCUCGGAGAAGCUCGCAGAGACAAUCGAGGACACCGGCUUUGAUGCGGAAGUGUUGGAAACGAAAGCGAGCGAGUCGGUGGCCACAAAGCCGAAGCGAAGGAGGAAGAGCACAGGCAAACGAUUCACGACGACUACGAUAGCGAUUGAAGGAAUGACGUGCGGUGCCUGCACGUCCGCCGUGGAGAGUGGAUUCAAAAACGUACCUGGUGUAGUGCAAUUCAACAUCAGUCUGCUCGCUGAGCGCGCAGUGAUUGUUCACGAUCCCCAGCUGCUACCCACGGCCAAGAUCACAGAGACCAUUGAAGAUAAAGGCUUCGAUGCGACCGUCGUAUCGAGUCUGGAAGAAGGCAUCCAAGCGUCCACGUCAGCUUCCAUCGUCCAACUCAAAGUAUAUGGGUUGCCCAGUCCUGAAGCUACGGCAGACUUGCAGACCGACCUGAAGAACACGCCCGGCAUCGUCUCUGUCAACCUCAGCUUCGCGAGCGGUCGUGCUUCAAUCACCCAUUCUCCUUCGAUUAUUGGCCUCCGUGCUAUUGUGGAGCUCAUCGAACAAGCAGGAUACAACGCGCUCGUUGCGGACAACGACGACAAUAACGCACAGCUGGAGUCGCUCGCCAAAACCAAGGAGAUACAGGAGUGGAAGCGAGACUUCCGAGUCUCACUGUCCUUUGCCAUACCCGUAUUCCUGAUUAGCAUGUUUCUGCCCAUGUUUAUCAAACCCCUCGACGUGGGGAGUAUCAAGCUACCGAUUAUUCCUGGGCUGUGGCUUGGCGACGUGGUCUGCCUGGUCCUGACCGUCCCUGUCCAGUUCGGCAUCGGCAGACGCUUCUAUGUCUCGGCUUUCAAGUCCAUCAAGCACGGCUCGCCGACAAUGGACGUGCUUGUCGUACUCGGCACGUCCGCUGCAUUCUUCUUCAGCUGUGCCGCCAUGCUCGUGUCUAUUCUGAUUCCACCACAUUCCCGGCCGUCCACGAUCUUCGACACGAGCACCAUGCUGAUCACUUUCAUCACGUUGGGUCGCUUCCUGGAAAAUCGCGCAAAAGGACAGACGUCCAAGGCACUAUCACGGCUCAUGAGUCUGUCGCCACCGAUGGCCACCAUCUACGCCGAUCCCAUCGCCGCAGCGAAAGCCGCAGAGAGCUGGGAUGCGCAGCACGAGAUCGAUGAGAAGAAAGCAGAUGAUAGCGACGCUACGGGUUCCGCUGUGGACGAGAGGACGAUCCCAACGGAGCUGAUCGAGGUCGGUGAUAUCGUCAUACUGAGGCCGGGUGACAAGAUCCCUGCAGACGGCAUAGUCAUGCGUGGCGAGAGCUACGUGAAUGAGAGCAUGGUCACUGGUGAGGCCAUGCCGAUUAACAAAAAGCCUGGCUCUGCGCUGAUGGCGGGCACUGUGAAUAAUGCUGGUCGCCUGGACUUCAAAGUUACCCGAGCGGGGCGAGACACUCAACUCAGCCAAAUCGUGCGACUCGUCCAGGAGGCGCAGACGAGCCGCGCACCGAUACAGCGCAUGGCAGAUAUCGUCGCCGGAUACUUCGUUCCGAUUAUCAUCACACUCGGGCUUUCAACUUUUAUUUGCUGGAUGGUGCUCAGCCAUAUCCUGCCGCAUCCGCCCAUGAUAUUCCUCAGUGACGCCAGUGGUGGCCGACUCAUGGUGUGCGUCAAGCUAUGUAUCGCGGUCAUCGUGUUCGCCUGCCCGUGCGCCCUAGGUCUCGCGACGCCCACGGCUGUGAUGGUGGGCACAGGUGUUGGCGCAGAGCAGGGCAUCCUCGUCAAAGGUGGAGCUGCAUUGGAGACUGCAACGAAGAUCAACCACGUCGUCCUCGACAAGACUGGUACGCUCACCAUGGGCAAAAUGAGUGUCUCGCAGUCGGAGCAGACUGGUAUGUGGAAGACGCAAGUCGAUCUGUGGUGGACACUGGUCGGACUGGCAGAGACCAGCAGUGAACAUCCCAUCGCCAAAGCCAUCCUCAGCGGCGCCAAGGAGAAACUGCGGUUGGCAGUGGACGAGCAGUUGGCAGGCAACAUGGGCGACUUCAAGGCAACUGUCGGCAACGGCAUAGCAGCAUCCAUUGAGCCCGGCAGUGGAUACGAAAAUCGUCGCUAUGCGAUCAUCAUCGGCAAUGCCUCGUUUCUGCGAAAGCAGGGCGUCGCAGUGCCCACAACACCAGAAGACGAGUACAAUGAUUACGAGGACAUUCGACGACAAUCGCUAUCGGGUCCUUCGUCGUCCAAAAUGGGUCAGUCCGCUGGCAUUACCACUAUUCAUGUUGCGAUUGACUCGGUCUAUGCGGGCUCUAUUGGUCUCUCGGACAUUUUGAAACCCACUGCCCGAGCUGCUGUUGCCGCACUUCAUCGCAUGAACAUUAGCACAUGUCUGGUGACGGGUGAUCAGGCGGCCACUGCACACCAUGUUGCUGCCUUGGUUGGCAUCGCGCCCGAAAACGUCUUUGCGGGAGUGUUGCCGCAAGGCAAGAAGGAAAUCAUCCAGGACUUCCAGAAGCAAGGCAAGACCGUUGCCAUGGUCGGCGAUGGUAUCAACGAUUCUCCCGCACUAGCGACGGCGAACAUUGGUAUCUCGCUUGCAUCGGGUACGGAUGUCGCGAUGGAUGCCGCUGAUGUGGUGCUGAUGAAGCCCAAUCAGCUAAUGGACAUUCCCGCCUCACUACAGUUGAGCAAAACCAUCUUCCGAAGAAUCAAGCUCAACCUGCUGCUUUCCUGCGUGUACAAUGCCAUCGGUCUACCGAUUGCCAUGGGUUUCCUGCUUCCUUGGGGAAUCACACUUCCACCUUUGGCGGCGGGAGCUGCGAUGGCGUGUUCCAGUGUUACCGUCGUUGUCAGCAGUCUUUUGCUGAAAUUCUGGAAAAGACCCGAUUGGAUGCGCGAGGAAAGUGUGGAGCUUUCGCUGCCAUUACGCAGAGCUGGGCUGUGGUCAGCAGUGGACGGGAUCAAAGGUCUCGUCACGGGAACACGGCGGAAGCAUGGAGAGGGCGAUCGGGGUGCAUAUGUACCGCUCGAGAGCUACGAGGCUGCAUAGGCAGAUUUUGCAUAGAGAAAGCGUCGGCGUUGUAUAGGAGGUUUGUGGAUACCCUAAGCGACAUGUAUUUAGUCGUAGUCGUCAUUCAAAAGGACAUGUUUUGAUACAGUGUCCCGAAUCAGUUCGUAUGGC